AUGGGCUGGCACAUAGAAAGGGCUCUAGCUGCCGCAGCUAGAUCUGUUAACCCUUUGACGUGGAGACGGGUUUGGAAGAAACUUGAGGGUAAGAGGGCGAGUGAGUUGGUUGACGAUGUGGCUAGGGAAGUUAAUGCCCAAUUUGCACAGAUUGGACGGGUAUCUCAGUACCGCUACUGGUGGUGGGCAAAUCCCCUGGGCUCAGGGCUAAUAAUAUAUGGGAUUUACAAGGUUUGGUACCUCUCCUAUAUGGCAGAGAAGCAGAAAAAGGUGGCUCAAAUUGUUUCUGCUGCGUACGGACAAGGUGGACAAUGGCUAAAUCCUGUUCCAAAAUAA